AUGCUGAAUUGGUAUGGAACAGAAGUUGAAAGUGUUGGUCGUGUGAUUAAUGAAAAUGCUCCUGGAAAUAAUCAAAUGACCUCUCCACAAAUACAGAAAGAAUUAGUGAGGGCUUGUGCAGAAGAGACCACGCGGGCUAUUAUUAAUGAGAUUGGAGAUAGUCAUUUCUCUAUACUUCUUGAUGAGUCUCGUGACAGAUCAGUAAAAGAGCAAAUGAUUGUCAUUGUAAGGUUUGUGAAUAAGCAAGGUCAAGUAAUUGAAAGAUUUCUUGCUGUUGAACAUGUUGUUGAUACUUCAGCCCCUUCAUUAAAGACAGCUUUGGAUGGAUUGUUUGCCCGUUUUGUUUUAUCUAUUUCUAGAUUGAGAGGGCAAGGAUAUGAUGGAGAUUCUAAUAUGAAAGGGCAAUUUAAUGGGUUGAAGACAUUAAUUUUGAAUGAAAAUCCAUUUGCUUUUUAUGUCCAUCGCUUUGCCCACCAAUUACAGAGAGAUGCAUUGCUUCAGAAGCACCAUGAUAAGAUUGUGGAGAAAUUGGAGAAAGGUGAGAUCUUUCCAGGAAGAGGCCAACAUCAAGAGACUAAUCUUGCAAGACCCGGUGAUACUAGGUGGGGCUCACAUUAUACAACUUUAAUCCGUCUAUUUACCAUGUGGGAGUCAGUAUUAGAGGUGUUAGAGAAUAAAGAUCAAAACAUUGUUAAUGCAAUGGGGUUGAUUGUAACUGUGAAAGAACUUAUGCAAGAUUUGAGAGAAAAUGGAUGGGGUACAUUUUUGGAAGAAGUCAGGAGCUUUUGUGUUGAAAUGUCAGUUUCAGUGCCUAAUAUGGAAGAUAGUAUACCAGUUCGAGGCCGUUCGAGACGUGGAGGGCAAUUGGUUACUUAUUACCAUCAUUAUCAUGUAGAGAUCUUUAUUGCAGUGAUUGAUUUAUUUACUGUUGAGAUGAAUAACCGAUUUAGUGAAACUUCUACAGAGUUAUUAAGAUGUAUUGCUUGUCUUGAUCCAAGAAACUCUUUUUCCAGAUUCGAUCAUGGUAUGCUUGUUCGACUUGCUCGACUUUUACUCGAUGAUUUCUCCACAUCCGAUCAUCUUAUCUUGAAAGAGCAACUUCGCAUAUAUAUUCAUGAUGUGAGAAGAAAUUCGAUUUUUUUCAAGUUGUCAUGA